GCACAAACCUGCACUUGGGAGUGACAAUAAAAAACUAAACCAGACGCCUUUAAAAAGAGGAGAUACCAAGAGACAGGCUCUUUUUUUCUUUCUUUUUUUUUGCCUUUUACUGUAUUUGUUUUCAUUUUUUCAGCUCUGACCAAUCCCAGUUCAGACUGGGAGGAGACCAGCCCGCCUUCAGCGAAGCCACACCUCUAAAUGAUCAAGGAGCUUCAUACAGACUGUUGUUAGCGACGCAGCCUUGCUACACGGACAAUUUCAGUUCUUUUUGGGGGGGAGACAUUUUUUACCCCCUUCCUCCUCCUCUUCCUCAUCCUCAUCCGACUUGAGACCACCUUUGCAAAAAAAAUAAGAAACCCUCACAUCUUUUCCAAGGUUUCUCCUGGUUGUUUGGGCCCCGUUUAAGGCUGGUGGCAGUCCUGCGAGCCCCUUUGAGUAUGAGUAUACAAUGAAGAGGCGUGUGGAGGACCAGGAACCAAUAUUUGCAUCUCAGCAACAGCAAUCACGUCGCCCCCCAGUUCAGGGUAUUGCAGAGAGCUUCCAGCACCGGGCCCUCGCCCCGGCCCCUACUGUGAUAGAGGCAGCCGCAGACAACAUGCAGCCCUCCACCGGCAUCCAGUAUUCUCUCCCCCAGGGCUACCAGGUGCCUACAAUGCCUCAGAGCACAGGUGGUCAUGGACAUAACAGCACUGCACCUCAUGUUGGGCCCCAUGCACACAGCAUAGCAGUUCAGUCCCAGGGCCCUGCAGUGGUCCAGGGACACGUUCAUGCACCGGCACCCUUGACUUCAGCCCAAGGACAGCAGCAGUUUCAGCGACUGAAGGUUGAAGAUGCCUUGUCCUAUCUGGAUCAAGUGAAACUGCAGUUUGGGAAUCAGCCACAAGUUUAUAAUGAUUUCCUUGAUAUUAUGAAGGAGUUCAAGUCACAGAGCAUAGACACUCCUGGAGUUAUCAGCCGUGUGUCCCAACUCUUCAAGGGCCAUCCAGACCUCAUCAUGGGUUUCAACACUUUCUUGCCACCCGGAUAUAAGAUCGAGGUUCAAACCAACGAUCUGGUCAAUGUGACCACACCAGGCCAGAUUCACUACAUCACCCCUCAUGGUAUCUCUGUUCAAAACCUCCCUGUAAGUGGAGCGCCCAGCCAACCUGCAAGCCAACACCAGCACCAGAGUCUGCCACAGGCUGGCCCACACACCACCACGGCCACUACCACCCCACCCAUCCCCGCCCAGCCUGCAGCAAACAAAACCAACAAGCCAAUGCAGUCUCCAGCCCACACCCCCACCAGCCAGCCCAACCCGUCUAUCCCAUCCUACGCCUCACCACGCUCGCCUUCGGUCCAGUCCCACACUCCUGUGAGCAGCACACCGUCUGGUGGGCCGCCUCUCCAGAAUAACCAGCCUGUGGAGUUUAACCAUGCUAUAAACUACGUCAACAAGAUCAAGAACCGCUUCCAGGACCAGCCAGACAUCUACAAAGCCUUCCUGGAAAUCCUGCACACAUACCAGAAGGAACAACGAAAUGCUAAAGAGGCAGGAGGCAACUACACCCCAGCACUGACUGAGCAGGAGGUCUACACUCAGGUGGCAAGGCUCUUCAAGAACCAGGAGGACCUGCUCUCAGAGUUUGGACAGUUCCUCCCUGAUGCAAACAGCUCAGUAUUCUCUUCCCAGCUGCUGGGCAAGACUGCCCCGGACAGGGCAGAGUCAGUCCGUAAUGAUCAUGGCGGCACAGUAAAGAGACCCCUACUAAACAACAAACAGAGACUGAGCCAGAACGGCCUGCCGAUCAGGAGACCUGUGGGAGUGGGAGUGGGAGUCACGCCCCCAGUCAAGAAGAAACCCAAAUUAGUGAUGAAGGACCACGGCAUGACUGAAGUCAGCAAACACAGCACCAGCACUGAAACUAUGUUCUUUGAGAAGGUGAAGAAGGCUCUUAGGAGCUCUGAGGCUUAUGACAACUUCCUGCGGUGUCUGCACAUCUUCAACCAGGAGGUGAUUUCGCGUGCCGAGCUGGUCCAGUUAGUCAUCCCAUUUCUUGGAAAAUUCCCAGAGCUUUUCACAUGGUUUAAAAACUUCCUGGGCUACCGAGAAUCGAGCCACGGGGAAUCGAGCCAAGCAGAGAGUUUACCCAAGGAGCGUGCAACAGAGGGCAUCGCCAUGGAGAUUGACUAUGCUUCCUGCAAGAGGCUGGGGUCCAGCUACAGAGCACUGCCAAAAAGCUACCAGCAGCCUAAGUGCACAGGGAGGACGCCACUGUGCAGAGAGGUUUUGAAUGACACAUGGGUCUCAUUUCCAUCAUGGUCUGAGGAUUCUACAGUUGUAAGCUCCAAGAAGACUCAAUAUGAGGAGCACAUUUACAGAUGUGAGGAUGAGCGCUUUGAGCUGGAUGUUGUGUUGGAGACCAACCUUGCCACGAUACGAGCCCUUGAGACAGUGCAGCGGCGGCUUUCUCGCAUGUCUGCUGAGGAGCAGCUGCGCUUCAAGCUGGACAACACAUUGGGCGGCUCCUCAGAGGUAAUUCACCGCAAAGCUAUCCAGAGGAUAUAUGGAGACAAAGCCCACGACAUCAUCGACGGGCUUAAGAAGAACCCAGCUGUGUCCGUCCCCAUAGUGCUGAAGAGGUUAAAAAUAAAGGAGGAAGAGUGGAGAGAAGCCCAGAGAGGCUUCAACAAAAUCUGGCGGGAUCAGAAUGAGAAGUAUUACCUGAAGUCACUCGACCAUCAAGGCAUCAACUUCAAGCAGAAUGAUACCAAAGUGUUUCGCUCAAAGACCCUGCUCAACGAAAUCGAGAUGCUGUAUGAUGAGCGCCAGGAGAGAGCAUCAGAGGAAACUGCCACACCGCCUCCCAGCGGCCCACACAUGAACCUGACCUAUGAUGACAGCCAGAUCCUGGAGGAUGCCGCCGCCCUCAUCAUCCACCAUGUCAAAAGACAAGUUGGCAUCCAGAAAGAAGACAAGUACAAGAUCAAACAGAUCAUCCACCACUUCAUCCCUGACCUGCUUUUUGCUCGGCGAGGUGAGCUCUCUGAUGUGGAGGAAGAGGAAGAAGAGGAGGAAGAGGACAUGGAGGUGGAUCAAGACGGUCCCAAGAAGCACAAUGGCCUGCCAGGCAACAGCCCAUCAAAGUCCAAGCUCCUCUUCAGCAACACGGCGGCUCAGAAGCUGCGGGGCACAGAUGAUGCUUACAAUCUGUACUUCGUGAAUAACUACUGGUAUAUCUUCCUCCGUCUUCAUCACAUCCUCUGCUCUCGUUUGCUGCGAAUCUACGGGCAGGCGGAGAAGCAGAUCGAGGAGGAUGCCCGCGAGAAAGAGUGGGAAAGAGAAGUUUUGGGGGUCAAAAGAGACAAAAAUGAAAAUCCAGCAAUUCAACUUAAGAUGAAGGAGCCCAUGGACGUUGAUGUAGAGGACUAUUACUCUGUCUUUUUGGAAAUGGUGCGUAACCUUUUGGAUGGAAACAUGGAGCCGGCUCAGUACGAGGACUCCUUGAGGGAAAUGUUUACUAUCCAUGCCUACAUUGCCUUCACUAUGGACAAACUCAUCCAGAGCAUUGUCCGGCAGCUCCAGCACCUUGUCACUGAUGAUGUUUGUUCACGUGUGACGGACUUGUACCUGAGCGAAAGUGCCAAUAAAGCCACAGGAGGCACGGUCUCCACGCAGGCAUCCAGAACCACAGCAGAGAGCACCUACCAGCGCAAAGCAGAGCAGCUCAUGACCGAUGAGAACUGCUUCAAGUUGAUGUUUUUGAAGAACCGAGGUUCUGUCAGUCUGGCCAUGGAGCUGCUGGACACAGAAGAUGACAACUCUGAUGAGCCAGCCGAGGCAGAGAGGUGGUCAGACUACGUGGGCAGAUACCUGAACUCAGAUUCAGCCUCUCCAGAGCUGCGUGAGCAUUUGGCCCAGAAGCCGGUGUUCCUCCCCAGGAAUUUGAGGAGGAUAAGGAAGUGCCAGAGAGGAUGGGAGCAACUGCAGCAGGAGAGAAUGUCCAAGAGCUCCUCCGACAAGUCGCAGGACGGCAAGAGUGAACUAAAGAUGGAGUGCAUGUUCAAGCUCAACUCCUACAAGAUGGUGUACGUCUGCAAAUCAGAGGACUACAUGUACAGGCACACAGCACUCACACGGGCUCAUCAGUCGCAGCAGCGGGUCAACACACGCCUGCACAGACGCUUCCAGAAGUGGCUGGACUCUUGGGCCAAGGAGCACGUGACGAGCGACAUGGCUGCCGACAACCGCAAGUGGCUGAUGGGAGACGGGCAAGAAGGCCUGGUGUCUUGUACCACCACCUGCAACCCAGAGAUCCUCCAUUAUCUCAACGUUAACAAGUACCGGGUGAAGUACAGAACACUGUAGUCUCUCUGAAAG